GCAGCGGCUGCAGCGGAGCGGCUGCGACAGCGACAGCAGCAACACCGCAACACCGCAGCGCUCCCUGCACUGCUCCCUGCACUGCUCAGCCCUGCAGCAACACCGCAGCAACACCGCAGCGCUCCCUGCACUGCUCCCUGCACUGCUCAGCCCUGCAGCAACACCGCAGCAACACCGCAGCAACACCGCAGCGCUCCCUGCACUGCACAGCCCCGCAGCAACGCCGAAGUGACAUCUAAACCCGCUGCCGCAGAACCCAGAUGGAAACCGUGCACGAGCUGAUCCCCUUCGCCAAAGAAAUGCUCAGCCAGAAGCCCAACAGGAAGAUGGUCAAGCUGUACAUGCUGGGCAGCGUGCUGGCCUUCUUCGGGGUGGUCAUCGGGCUGGUGGAGACCGUGUGCAGCCCCUUCAGCUCCGCGGCCAGCCUGGACGACGAGCAGGACAAGGAGAAGCCGGCGGCGCCCCGGGAGCAGCCGGUGCCGCAGAAAAGGGAGGAUUUGGUGCCGGACAAGGGCAAGGCGGCCCUGCCGGGGCUGCAGAGGGCCCUGGUGACCCGGCAGCACGCGUCCUAGGCCGGCCCCCACCGCACAGAGACCCCGCUCGCCCCGGGGGUUCCAGCACGAAGAGAAGGCUCGGCUCAAGGAGACUGCCACAAGUGAAGGGUUUUAUUUGCUGCUGUGCAGCAGUGGGGAAAAAUACCUUUUGUUGGUAUGAACCUGUGCAGGACGCACAGCACGGUUUCUUUUAUUUUUCUUACGGACGCAUUUUACACCGUUUUGCAAGAUCAAUAAAUAUUUUAUAUGGUA